AUUUACUUUGUCAAAAACUUGCAACCCAGCCUAGAGCCUAGUCACUGCGCUACGAGUGUCCGCGAGCUUCCACGAAUUUUGGCCACAAUUCGAUCCGUUUUCGACGCCUAAAAGCUGACUAGUUGUGUUCCGAUUCGUAACCACCCCCGGAGGUUGUGUCGUCGAGUGUUUAGCGAUUGAAAUUCUGGUCGGAAAAAUGCGAAGAUAAUCCCAAAAAUUGGCACUGUUUUGUUUGCUCCUUCAACAGCACGCGCAUACAAGCUAAGGCGUUUCCCCGUUUUUCGGUUUUUCCUCUAAAGAAAAAAAUAAAAUAAAGUGAAAUGCGCUGAACAUUGCAUAAGCAAAGGAGCUAGGAAUCACGAUGAGGUUCAAACAGUUGCUGCUAUCGCUAACAAUAGCGGUUCAGUAUUAUUUUGGAAUUGCUAACGGGUCCGAAGAUGAGGAACGCCUGGUACGAGAUCUCUUCCGCGGGUACAACAAGCUAAUCCGACCCGUCCAGAACAUGACCCAGAAGGUGGACGUACGCUUCGGGUUGGCUUUCGUGCAGUUGAUCAACGUUAACGAAAAGAAUCAGAUCAUGAAGUCCAAUGUGUGGUUACGAUUGGUUUGGAGCGAUUACCAGCUACAGUGGGACGAAGCCGACUACGGUGGAAUCGGUGUUCUGCGUCUUCCUCCGGACAAGGUCUGGAAGCCGGAUAUUGUGCUGUUUAAUAACGCCGACGGUAACUACGAGGUCCGUUACAAAUCCAACGUGCUGAUAUACCCGAACGGUGAAGUCCUGUGGGUUCCACCGGCUAUCUACCAGAGUUCCUGCACGAUCGACGUCACGUACUUCCCGUUCGAUCAGCAAACGUGCAUCAUGAAGUUCGGUUCGUGGACGUUCAACGGCGAUCAGGUUUCACUCGCGCUCUACAACAAUAAGAACUUUGUCGAUCUGUCCGACUACUGGAAGUCCGGUACGUGGGACAUCAUCGAGGUUCCGGCCUAUCUGAACGUAUACGAAGGUAACCCAACCGAAACGGACAUCACCUUCUACAUUAUCAUCCGCCGGAAGACCCUGUUCUACACCGUCAACUUGAUCCUGCCAACCGUACUGAUUUCGUUCCUUUGCGUCCUGGUGUUCUACCUGCCAGCCGAAGCCGGCGAGAAAGUAACCCUAGGCAUUAGUAUUCUGCUGUCACUGGUUGUGUUCCUGUUGUUGGUAUCGAAGAUUUUACCACCGACCUCGCUCGUACUGCCACUGAUUGCCAAAUAUCUGCUGUUCACCUUCAUCAUGAACACCGUAUCCAUCCUGGUGACGGUCAUCAUCAUCAACUGGAACUUCCGAGGGCCUCGCACCCAUCGGAUGCCCAUGUGGAUUCGGUCGGUUUUCCUGCACUACCUGCCGGCCAUGUUGCUCAUGAAGCGCCCCCGGAAAACCCGCCUCCGGUGGAUGAUGGAGAUGCCCGGCAUGAGUAUGCCUCCGCAGCCGCACACCCAUCCCUCGUACGGUUCGCCGGCCGAAGUUCCGAAGCACAUUAGCGCCCUCGGGGGCAAACAGUCCAAGAUGGACGUGAUGGAGCUGUCGGAUUUGCAUCACCCGAACUGUAAGAUGAACCGCAAGAUGAACAGCGGAGACAUCGGGCUGGGAGUGGAUUCGUGCCGCCGGGAGAGCGAGAGCUCCGAUUCGAUCCUGCUUUCGCCGGAGGCAAGCAAGGCUACCGAGGCGGUCGAGUUCAUCGCGGAGCAUUUGAGGAACGAGGAUCUGUACAUUCAGACCCGCGAGGACUGGAAGUACGUGGCCAUGGUGAUCGAUCGGCUGCAGCUGUACAUCUUCUUCAUCGUAACCACUGCCGGCACGGUUGGAAUUCUGAUGGACGCCCCGCACAUCUUCGAGUACGUCGACCAGGACCGUAUCAUCGAAAUCUACCGGGGCAAGUAAACACACGCUUAUAGGAAAAGACACAGAUUUAAGACGUCGUCGUUGUUGGAAUGUUAGGUUAA